UACAUUCUUGUCAGCAGUGUAGAAGGUGUGGACAUUGUGCUUGGAGGGAAUGGUGCAAGACACAGAGUAUGUGGGUAUCAAUACCAGUUUUCUCAAAUACUGUGUAUCCUUGGUCAGGAGAGUGAAUCUACAGUUGUCAAAAGUCUAUGGCCCUGUGUUCACCCUGUAUUUGGGAGGGAAGCCCACUGUGGUGCUGCAUGGAUAUGAAGCUGUGAAGGAAGCCCUGGUUGAUCUCGGGGAGGAAUUUUCUGGAAGGGGUAAUUUACCAAUUUUUGAGAAAGUGGGAGAAACUCUUGGAAUCAUUUUUAGUAAUGGAAAGUUAUGGAAAGAGACCCGGCGCUUCUCUCUCAUGACCCUGAGAAAUUUUGGGUUGGGGAAGAGGAGCAUCGAAGACCGUGUUCAGGAGGAAGCCCACUGCCUUGUGGAGGAACUGAGAAAAACCAAUGGAUCACCCUGUGACCCCACCUUCAUCCUGGGCUGUGCUCCAUGCAAUGUGAUCUGCUCCAUUGUUUUCCAGAAUCGAUAUGAUUACAAAGACCAAAAGUUUCUUACAUUGAUGAAAACAGUAAACGAAAAUACGAAGAUUCUUAGCUCCAAGUGGAUGCAGGUCUACAAUAAUUUUCCCAAACUCAUUGAUUAUCUUCCAGGAAGUCACAACAGAUUUGCUAAAAAUUUUUUUUAUCUUAGAAAUUAUAUUUUGGACAAAGUAAAAGAACACCAAGAAUCACUGGAUAUUAGCAAUCCUCGGGAUUUUAUUGAUUGUUUCCUGAUCAAAAUGAACCAGGAAAAACACAACCAAUGCUUGGAAUUUACUUUUGAAAACUUGGUAUCCACUGUAACUAAUUUGUUUGUUGCCGGGACUGAAACAACAAGCACAACACUGAGAUACGCUCUUCUGCUCCUGAUGAAGCACCCACAUGUCACAGAUAAGGUCCAGAAAGAGAUCGAACGUGUGAUUGGCAGAAACCGAACCCCCUGCAUGCAAGACAGAAGCCGCAUGCCAUAUACAGAUGCUGUGAUACAUGAGAUCCAGAGAUACAUUGACCUCGUCCCAAACAGUCUGCCCCAUGCAGUGACCCGUGACAUUAAGUUCAGGAACUACCUGAUUCCUAAAGGUACAACUAUAUUGACAUCCCUGACAUCAGUGCUGCAUGAUGACAAAGAAUUUUCCAACCCAGAGACAUUUGACCCUAACCACUUUCUAGAUGACAGUGGCAAGUUUAAGAAAAGUGAUUACUUCAUGCCUUUCUCCACAGGAAAACGGAUUUGUUUGGGAGAAGGCCUGGCACGCAUGGAGUUGUUUAUAUUCCUAACAUCCAUUUUACAACACUUUAACCUGAAAUCAGUGGUUGACCUGAAGUACAUUGAUACCACCCCAACUGUCAAUGGAUUUGCUUCUCUACCACCAUUGUACAAGCUCUGCUUUAUUCCUGUCUGAAGAAGACCUUGUUUGCCUUCUUUUAUGCCAUUGCUUUGCAAUUUCCUCCUUUCAUGCAUCAUCCAUAUUCUUCAUCCAUUAGUGAUGCUUUCCUCAAUUUCUCUUCUUACAUCUCCUACUCUUUCUACAUGGACAGAAUGCCCUUCCUCCAUUUUGGAGAGUGCUACAUGUUACAUCAUAAAUAUAUCUUCUAUUUCCUAUGGUCUGUAAUACUUGUAUUAACAGUCGUGCUGCUAAAUCUUAUCCAAUGCAGGAUGAUUAAUGUCUUAUUAAUAUAUAACAGCAAAAUGAUAAUUCGGUACCAUUUUCUUUGUAUAUUAUAAUUAAAAAUUAUUGUGAGUUGCUGA